GAAAACCCCGCCGCCGUCCACUUCUUUCGUUUGCGCGGUUUGAUUUAGAAAUCUCCGCCGCCGCCUCCUCCACCGUGGCUCCGGCCUCACGAGCUUUUCGGACAAGGGAGAUGAGGCGCAAGCUGCUGCUUUGCCACUUGCCUUCUCUCUGCGUAUGUAGCUGCAUCGUUUCGUGAUGCUCGCAUACUGUUCGAUGAAAUGCCUGACAGAACCGCUGUCACCUGGAACGUGAUGAUUACAGGGUAUGCGAGGUUCGGGGACGUCGAUAAGGCGCUGGACAUGUUUGAAGAGAUGCCAGAGAGGAAUGUUGAGUCUUGAUCUGCUAUGAUAACUGCUUUUGUUCAUAGUGGGCGCUAGGCAGAAGGUUUGUUUCUGUCUCGUGAGAUGAUGAUGGUGGGGAAUGAUGGACCGAUGAUUAUGCCGGAUAAGAUAACUUUGUCGACUGUUUUAUCUUGUUACGCCCAAAUGGGUUGUCCUGGAUCAGUACUUGGGAGAUCGGUUGAUGGUUAUUUGUUGAAGAUGAAUGGGGAAAUUGACAACGUUCUUGUGGACAUGUAUGCCAAGUGUGGAGUUUUCAAGUAUGCUUGCCUUGUUUUUUUCUGCAAUGAAGGAAAAGAACGUCAUAGCAUGGACUGCAUUGAUAGUGGAGCAGCUAGGCAUGGAUGUAGUGAAGAAGCAUUAUCAUUGUUCGAGAUGAUGAAAGAAGAAGGCGUCCGACCAAAUGAGAUGACUUUCACAGGUGUUCUUCAUGCUUGUGCUCACACGGGAAUGGUGGGAGCCGGGCAAAGGUACUUCAACAUGAUUGAAGAGUAUGGUUUGGAGUAUAAGAUACAACACUAUGGGUGCAUGGUCGACAUUUAUGGCCGAGCAAUUAUACAACAAUCAUUGGACAAAAUCGGGCGCCAAAGGGGUUUGAUGGGUCUGGUACUUGGAUACAGGAUAAAGAGGGUAUCAUGGUGUCCUCGUUAGCAAGCCCUUGAAAUGAUAUGAAGGAAAUAGGAUUUUCAGGGAGACCUAAACGAGGUUAACAAAUCAUUCCCUACCCACGUUAAUUAUAGAACUUCAUGGGUUGGAUAAUGAUAUGACAGCUUGUGGAAUUAAUACUAUCAGCUAAGCAUUUUGGCAGGAGGCAUGAAUAAGUUCAAGGGAGGGAGAUGAUUAAUUCGAGUCAAUCUACUUUAGGUAUUAAGGUGAGUGUAAAGGGGGUAAAUUCUACGCCUUACGAUAUUUAAGUUUUUGAGAUUUGACUGCUAUGUGCCGUGCUUGCCUUUGUAUGCUUAUAUGAUGUCAUAUGAUUUGUGUGAGUUAUGCUUUCAGGUUGUUGUGUGCUUUACUUACAAGUAAGUUUAAGUUAAAGAAACAAGGUUUUUUUUA